CGGAGCCAACUGGACACUUUUGCCUCUACCCACUUUCCGUUCGGUCCUCCAGAAUCCAGCGCUGGGGCCGCCCGCAGUACCCCUGGAGCUGGGUUCAAGCCCCGCGCACCGCCACGGCGGGAAGGCACGCUGGUCUGCGGGCCCUCGGCUCACCACAAGGCCCAGUUUGGCUUGGUGGGUCCCCAGAGAGCUGGAUUGAAAGAUGUCUCAGCGAAAGUGAAAACAAACGUUACUCCAGCCACACAUCUCUGGGGAAUGCUUCUAAUGAUGAAAAUGAGGAAAAAGAAAAUAACAGAGCCUCCAAGCCUCACUCCACCCCUGCUACUCUGCAAUGGCUGGAGGAGAACUACGAGAUCGCAGAGGGGGUGUGCAUCCCCCGCAGCGCCCUCUACAUGCACUACCUGGACUUCUGCGAGAAGAACGACACCCAGCCCGUCAACGCGGCCAGCUUUGGGAAGAUCAUAAGGCAGCAGUUUCCUCAGCUAACCACCAGAAGACUCGGGACCCGAGGACAGUCCAAGUACCACUACUACGGCAUUGCGGUGAAGGAAAGCUCCCAAUACUAUGAUGUGAUGUAUUCCAAGAAAGGAGCUGCCUGGGUGAGCGAGACGGGCAAAAAAGAAGUGAGCAAACAGACAGUGGCGUAUUCACCCCGGUCCAAACUCGGAACACUGCUGCCAGAGUUUCCAAACGUCAAAGAUUUAAAUCUGCCAGCCAGUCUGCCUGAAGAGAAGGUUUCUACCUUUAUUAUGAUGUACAGAACACACUGUCAAAGAAUACUGGACACUGUAAUAAGAGCCAACUUUGAUGAGGUUCAAAGUUUCCUUCUGCACUUUUGGCAAGGAAUGCCACCCCACAUGCUGCCUGUGCUGGGCUCCUCUGCCGUGGUCAACAUCGUGGGUGUGUGUGACUCCAUCCUCUACAAAGCUAUCUCCGGGGUGCUGAUGCCCACCGUGCUGCAGGCGCUGCCCGACAGCCUAACUCAGGUGAUCAGGAAGUUUGCCAAGCAGCUGGACGAGUGGCUUAAAGUGGCUCUCCAUGACCUCCCAGAAAAUCUGCGAAACAUCAAGUUUGAAUUGUCGAGAAGGUUUUCCCAAAUCCUGAGACGGCAAACGUCACUAAAUCACCUGUGCCAGGCGUCACGGACAGUGAUCCACAGCGCAGACAUCACAUUUCAAAUGCUGGAAGACUGGAGGAACGUGGACCUCAACAGCAUCACCAAGCAGACCCUCUACACCAUGGAAGACUCCCGCGACGAGCACCGGAAACUCAUCAUCCAGUUGUAUCAGGAGUUUGACCAUCUCCUGGAGGAGCAGUCUCCCAUCGAGUCCUACGUCGAGUGGCUGGACGCCAUGGUAGACCGCUGCGUUGUGAAGGUGGCAGCCAAGAGACAAGGGUCCCUGAAGAAAGUGGCCCAGCAGUUCCUCCUGAUGUGGUCCUGUUUUGGAACCAGGGUGAUCCGGGACAUGACCUUGCAUAGCGCCCCCAGCUUCGGGUCUUUCCACCUAAUUCACCUGAUGUUUGAUGACUACGUGCUCUACCUGCUGGAGUCCCUGCACUGCCAGGAGAGGGCCAACGAGCUAAUGCGGGCCAUGAAGGGAGAGGGGAGUGCUGCAGAAGUCCAAGAGGAGAUCAUCUUGACGGAGGCUGCCCCGCCCACCCCUUCGCCAGUGCCCUCGUUUUCUCCAGCCAAGUCGGCCACGUCUGUGGAAGUGCCGCCUCCCACCUCCCCUGUCAGCAACCCAUCCCCUGAGUACACUGGCCUCAGCACUACAGGGGCGAUGCAGUCAUACACGUGGUCGCUCACGUACACAGUGACAACGGCGGGGUCCCCGGCCGAGAACUCCCAGCAGCUGCCCUGUAUGAGGAGUACCCAUGUGCCCUCCUCCUCUGUCACACACAGGAUACCGGUCUAUCCCCACAGAGAGGAGCACGGAUACUCGGGGAGCUACAACUACGGGAGCUAUGGCAACCAGCACCCGCACCCGAUGCAGAGCCAGUACCCGGCCCUCCCCCACGACGCGGCCAUCUCGGGGCCCCUCCACUACUCCCCGUACCACAGGAGCUCCGCGCAGUACCCUUUCAAUAGCCCCACUUCCCGGAUGGAACCUUGUCUGAUGAGCAGUACUCCCAGGCUGCAUCCUACCCCGGUCACCCCCCGCUGGCCAGAGGUGCCCACAGCCAACACGUGCUACACGAGCCCGUCUGUGCACUCCACGAGGUACGGAAACUCUAGUGACAUGUACACGCCCCUGACCACGCGCAGGAAUUCCGAGUAUGAGCACAUGCAACACUUUCCUGGUUUUGCUUACAUCAACGGAGAGGCCUCCACGGGAUGGGCUAAAUGACUGCUAUCAUAGAAAUCCGUAUUUAAUAUUAAUAAUAAUUAUUAAUAAUAAUAAUAAAAGCCCCCAAUGCCCAUCCCCCAGACGACUUUAUCUGUGUAUAUCAUAACUCAUGGACUCUUAUUCCUAGGCUGCCAUCUUCCUAAUGAAAGUGAGGCUGGGAUUCGGUACGGGAUGGAUAAACUUUAGUGCAGAAAUGGGCCCCGCUAAAAGUCAGUGAGAUUGGGUUCCCGUAGCCAAGCCAGACUUGACUCUUUCGAGAGAGCACUAUAACUGGGCAGGCCAAGCUGUGCCUUUCCCUCUGUUCCAUGACUUUCCUUUGUGUUGGCCACCACGCCCAAUAAGCUCCUUGUUUGUCCUGUUGACAAAAGCUCUUUAGUCUUGAAGGAUGGAGACCGGAGACAGAAUCUGGUUUGCGUUCUUGGAUGGGCACAUAAUUUACCAAGAACAUCCAUCUUGCCACCUUUCUGUCCUCUUGCGCUUACCCUGAAUGGCCCUCAGAUAUGCUCUACGCGUCCCUUCCUCCUGGUGAGGUCCUCACUACUUCCUGGAACACCGGGGCUCCACGGAGGGGUCUGGAAACCCCAGACUCCCCGUCCCACUCACAUCCGUCUCAGUACCGGGCGUUGUCUUGGAAUGUCAGCACUCUCUAGAGGGAAGGAGGAGGCCUGCUCCUAUGCCUUAAGUCGGUGGGAGGUCUGUAGGGGACUGGCCCUUCUACAGGCAAGUAUUUGUCCUAAGUUUGCACAAUGGCUAGUGUCCGCAGAAGGCAGGAGAGGGUCUUUAAGUGGUGUGAGAAUGUGGAUUUGUGGCACUGAGUAUCACACUCAGCUCUGCUGUAUUAACUUUGUGAAUCUGAACGGGCCAAGCGUUAACUUACCAAGCACCAAGUGUGAAAAUGACUUUCAUGGUUCCUUCAUAAGACUAUAAAAAUUUCCGACACUUUGAGAGAAAAAAGAAAUUUCAAAGCUGUGCCUUUGAGCCUAUACUAUACUGUGUAUGUGUGGAAAUAAAAAAAUGUAUUGUACUUUUGGAAAA